AUGUAUAAAAAAGAUAUGACUGAUUAUCGAGAGUACGUAAUAACAGCUAUGAAGAAAAGAAAAUUGAAAGUUGUUGAAACUCUAUUAAUAAGGGAUAAAAAGUACAUUAACCGUGUCUUCGACAAGAAUCAGAACACGCUGCUCCACUUAGCCGUGGAACAUGACUACAUUGAUCUACUACAUCUUCUGGUGGACCGUAAUGCUAAUCUGGAAACCAAAAAUAAGAAUGGUCAGACUGCACUGGACAUGGCGGUGAGCCUAAACGACAGAAUAAUGACAGAGUAUUUGAUUAAUAAUGGUGCUGACGUAAACUGUACGCGUAAGGAUGGAACCACCCCUCUUUACAUGGCCGCCCAGGGAGGAUAUGAGGAUAUUGUUAAAAAUUUGCUGGAAGCAAACGCAAACGUUAAUGCAUCUACUGAUGAAGGAGACACGCCCAUUCACGCUGCAGCCAGAAAUGGACAUAUUAACGUCAUCAAAAUGUUGCAGGUUGCCGGUGCAGAUAUGCACAAUGAAACACUCACGCUUGGGGCAACUCCAUUGGACACUGCAUGUUUUAAUGGACACGAACAGGUGGUUCGGUUUUUAGUGGAUAUCGGUGCCAAUGUCCACUCUUCCAGAAAGGAUGGUUCCACAGCCUUAUACGUUGCAGCACAGCAGGGUCACGUCAAGGUCGUGGAUAUAUUAAUAAACCAAGGCGUAGAUAUCAACGAACAUGACAAGAAUGGAGCGACUCCAUUGUUUGUUGGAGCUCAACAAGGCCACGUGGAAGUAGUCAAAUUGCUGUUAGCCGCAGGCGCCGAUGUUAAUAUAAAGAAAGAGGGAAAAUGGACACCUUUACAGAUCGCAAAACUCAACCACCAACCUGAAGUUGCCGCUUUACUGUUGGAGAAAGUGAAAGAAGUGGUUUGCACUCCACUAGAACGUGCAGUUCGUAAAGGCGACGUGCCCACCGUGGAGUCAAUAUUGAAAGAAAAACACGAUCUACAAUACAUGCAGUUUGAGGUUCACCCUGCUUAUAGCGAAGCAUUGCUUCGUGGACGCAAGGACAUCGUCGAUGUGAUUUUACUUUGGUGCAAGGAGGUACUUUCAGAGUUUUUACUGACAGAGAGUGGUCGUUGUGGUCCUUACUGGCGUAUGGUAGCCAGACAUCUAAAGAUCGACGAUGACGAAAUCGACGAAAUAGUCAUGGAUGACGAAGACGUCAGUUUUAAAGGCGACGUCAAACGCUUCAUGUGUUACAAAGUGUUUUUAUUGUGGUUGGAAAAACAACUCCAUUGGCCUGCUAUUAAUACUUUGCUACAAGUAAUCAAAGAAUGCCAAUAA